AACUGACCCUUAUAGUGCCGGCACUAUGGCCGAGGAAACCAUUUACCUGUGCAACUUCCGUGUGUCUGUGGACGGGGACUGGCUGUGUCUGAAGGAGCUGGCCGAUGUCCACCUGGAGAUGGAGGAGGUCCAGAUGAUGGAGCAGGAGGAGGAGCCUGAUGGAAGGGACCCAAAGACAAUAGAACGAGCAAAUUUGUUGAACGUGUCCAAGCUGCUGAUUAAAGAAUUGAUUGACUCCUCCCUGGCCCACGGUCGCAUGUUGGAUGACGACUACAUUCCCCUCCAGCAGUUCUUUAUUGUCCUGGAACAUGUCCUUAGGCAUGGGCUCAGGCCAAAGAAAGGAAUCCUGAGUUCCAAGAAAGAGUUCUGGUGGGUUCUAGAGAGUAUAGAGAAAUUAGCACCAGAGGCUGCGGAGAUAACAACAAGUGUUAGGGAGAUGCCAAAUAUCAGGACUCCCCUGGGCAGGGCGAGGGCGUGGCUGAGACUGGCCAUGAUGCAGAAGUCCCUUGCAGAUUACUUCAAGCUCAUGAUAGAAAAGAGGGACAAUUUUCUCACAGAUUACUAUGAGCCUGGUGCCUUCAUGCUGGAGGAGGAGGGUGUGGUGAUAGCAGGACUUCUGGUGGGGCUCAAUGUCCUCGACUGUAACAUGUGUAUCAAGGGGGAGGACCUGGACCAACCCAUGGGGGUCAUAGAUUUUAGCCUGUACAUGAAGGAUGGAAAAUACAGCGACAGUGGAGACGAUGAAAGGGCGGAGGGAGACUCUAAAAUGGCCACCAUACUCGACCAGAAAAACUAUCUAGAAGAACUGAACAGGCACUUAAACGCUACAGUGGCCAACCUACAGCAGAAGUUGGAGCAGGUCCAAGCUGACAACUGUCUGAUGAAGGAGGACCUGGCCAUCGCCAAAAACACCAUCAUCACCCUACAGGCCGAGGUGGAGGGGCUCAGGAGUGAGAGGGACAACGUCACCACAGGCUACCAAAAACAGAUUGAGGCUGCCAAACAAGACAUCGACACAGAACGUGAGACGUACAUGACCUCCAGGGCUGGCCUUGACAUAAUGUACGCUGAUGCGAAGAAGCAGUUAGACGAGGAGACCAAGCUUAGACUGGAUGUGGAGAAAGAGUUGGAGCUACAGAUCAGCAUGAAGACGGAGAUGGAGAUGGCACUGAGGCUGUUGGAGAAGGACAUCCAUGAGAAGCAGGACACGGUCAUCACCCUCAGGAAACAGCUGGACGACAUCAAGACCAUCAACCUGGAGCUCUACAACAAGCUGCAGGCCUGUGAGAGCACGGUCAAGCACAAGACUGAGAUGAUCGGUAAACUGGAGGAGAAAACCAACCAGCUGGUCAACGCCAUGAAGGAGAUGGAGCACAGGCUGAAGCAGUCCGAGUCGCACAGGGUGGCAGCCGAGGAGACAGCCCGCAAGUUGGGGCAGGUCAUCGCAGAGAAGGACCAGAAGAGAUCUGCCCUUGAGACGAGCCUGCAGAUAGAGCGGGAGUGGAGGACGACGGUACAAAGCAACUAUGAGCAGGUCAAAGACAAACUGGCCCAGACACAGAUGGAGAUGGCCCAGCUCAAGGACCUCAAGAGGGACUACUCCGAGUUGAUCGCCAGACACGAGGAACUGGAGGGCAAGUGCCAGGAGCAGGAGAGUGCUUUAGCUGAGUUAGGCUCACACCUGAGCGAGUCCAAGCUGAAGGUUGAGGACCUGCGAGAGGCCACAGCCAUGCAGCGUGAGGCCCACUGGGCCAGUGACGUCACGGCCACCCAUUGUAAACAGUGCAGCAAGGAGUUUUCAUUGGCCAGGAGAAAGCACCACUGCCGCAGCUGUGGCGACAUCUACUGUGCCGAGUGCUCCAACAACAAGAUGCCCCUCCCCUCCUCCUCCAAGCCAGUCCGAGUCUGUGACGCAUGUCAGACACAGCUCCUGGCGCGCUGCUCGGCUUCAUCGUGACAGAUGCUGGACCACCCAUGACAGACAUCUGACAGAUGUUGGACCUUAUAUGACAGACAUCUGACAGAUGUUGGACCUUGUAUGACAGACAUCUGACAGAUGUUGGACCAUGUUUGACAGAUGCUGGACUAUGUAUGAUAAAUGUUGGACCAUUUAUGACAGACAGAUGUUGGGCUGUAUAUGACAGACACAUGAAAGAUGUAUGACAAAUGUUGGACCUUGUAUGACAUAUGAUGGACCAUGUAUGACAUAUGUUGGACCAUAUGUUGGACCAAUUAUGACAUUUUGGACCAAGUAUGACAUAUGUUGGACCAUAUGUUGGACCACAUAUGACAUAUGUUGGACCAUGUAUGACAUAUGUUGGACUAUGUAUGACAUAUGUUGGACCAAAUAUGACAUAUGUUGGACCAUAUGUUGGACCAUGUAUGACAUAUGUUGGACCAAGUAUGACAUAUGUUGGACCACGUAUGACAGGGUUUUAUUAAUGUGAUUAACUUUGUGAAGGCAAGACUGUUUUCACAUGAGGUAGCAUAGAAUGACAUACAAAUACAUUCUUUCCUUGUCGUACACAGUUGUUGCCCUUGUAUCAAAUCAAUCACUGAGAUCUAGCAAUCUGGUACUAAAGUUGAUAUUUGAUUUGUUAAUAAAGUGAAUGUAUUGCUGGAAAUACAGUCGUGUAUGUUUGUGUGGUUAUCAUGUGGGUAUGUCUGUGUGGUUGUCAUGUGGGUAUGUUUGUGUGGUUGUCAUGUGGGUAUAUUUGUGUGGUUGUCAUGUGGGUAUAUUUGUGUGGUUAUCAUGUGGGUAUGUUUGUGUGGUUGUCAUGUGGGUAUGUCUGUGUGGUUGUCAUGUGGGUAUGUUUGUGUGGUU